AUGCCGUGCUUUCAUGCUAUUGGCGUCCACGCCAACCUCAUGAACGGGCCAUUUGAUGGCGAAGGAACCGACGACGGAAACGUGAGGCUUGAGCGUGAAUUAGGUGUUGAUCAUGAGCAGGCCGAUCCUGCUGAUUCGGACUACAUGAGCGAUUCCAUGAUGGGCUCCGGCGAUGAAUAUGAAUACAUUGGGAAUUCGGACAUUGACAUGGGGCAUGAAGAAGACCCUGAAGAAUCGGAGGUUAUUACGGGGUCCUACUCGGGAAGCACGAGUGAGUCACGUCAGGACUAUCAGGAUUUCGGCGACGUCGUCGUGUUUGACAAUACCUACAAGAUGAACCGGUAUGGCAUGCCAUUCAUUCCCUUUGUUGGUCUGAACAAUCACCGUAAGACCACAGUUUUUGGGUGCGCCAUCGUUUCAGACGAGCCUGAAGAAACAUACGUAUGGCUGCUCCAAACAUUCUUGAGAGCCAUGUGUCAGAAGAAACCGAAGGCUGUGAUCACUGAUGGUGACGCUUCUAUGAUCAGGGCUAUUGGGGCCGUCCACAUAGGCGUAUGGCACCGUCUAUGUUCUUGGCACAUAGAGAAAAACAUGAAGAAGCACCUUAGUUUUAAAUCAACAAAAGAGUUCCGGUCUCUCUUAUACUACACCACUUCAGAAGACACAUUCGAAGACAGGUGGAACGCGUUUGUUCAGAAAUUGUGGACAGAUAGAACAGAACCAUGGCUGAGGAGGAUGUACAGAAAGAAAAGACUGUGGGCCGCGUCCUAUCUCUCGGGAGGAUUUUUUCUAGGUAUGAGAAGCAAUCAGAGAAGUGAAAGUCUGAACUCAUGCCUCCACCUUCACCUUGACUUCGGAAUGACUCUCGUCGAUUUGAUAGUGCACUAUGAGAACGCAACUGUUCGUAACCACGAGGCAGAGGCAAGUGAUGACUGCAGCUGUUCUCAGACACUAGCUGUGGCAGUUACAAACUGUAAGGCGAUCGAGGUUGCCGAUUCACGUGUGUUCACUCCGGCAAACUUUUAUAUGGUGCAGAAAGAUCUCAAGAAUAUUGGCGGCCUACAAGUGUUUGAUGUACACGACGGAGAUCCUCGGCGUUUCAUCGUUGGAUGGAAAAACAACAACAGGUACAGGUUCGCCGUGGACUACACACCCGGAAGUUCUGAAGAAACUAUCAAGUGCAGCUGUCGUAUGAUGGCUCGUAAGGGUCUCCCUUGCAAGCAUAUCCUCUACAUACUAAAGGUAUUGAAAUUGGAAUAA